GUUUCAAGAAUGUCACUAUUUUCACAAAUUACACACACAUCGCAUAUUUUGCUAAUUAUGGGGUUGUCUCUAGUGUUGAGCUAACAUUUGUAUAUCAUUGAUAAUUGCUUAAUUCUGCAGUGUCAAGAUUUAGAAUUUUCAGUAAAGAGAGUUGAACUACUUGAAACCUUAAGGUGAAUUUGUAUCCGUACACUACCGAGCCAAUCUCCCUUGAAUUUUGUAUCCCUGGACCACCGAACUAACCUCCCUAGAAUUUUGCAUCUCUAGAUCAGCAAGUCAACCUCUAUUCUCGUGUCCAGGGUCAGGGGAUUCAAAAUCUAUAUGCAUAUAUACAUAAAGAAUUUGAAAAUUACCUUAUAUAUAUAAAGUAAGUUUUUGCCGAGAGGAUUCGAGUGAUCACCAUUCUCCCUAUAGAUCCGGCCUUGUUAAGCGGUAUGCAUUUUUUUUUUUUUUUUAAUUCCUAGAUGAUGCAAAGAACCUUACUUAUGAAGUCUUUGUCAUUGUUUAAAGCACAAUGUCAACAUUCAAUAAGUUUUUCAUCCAUUGCUUACAAGUCGUUUGAUCUCAAAGCUUGCAUUGUAUCACUUCAAUCAUUUGCUAAUGAUAAGGACCUUACAAAAGGGAAACAAGUACAUUGCCAUAUGCUUAGAUGUGGUCAUUUGAGUGUAUCUCCAGUGCCUCUUACUAGUCUUAUUAACAUGUACUCGAAAUGUAAUUUGAUAUCCGAUGCCUUAACUGCAUUCUACUCUUCACCACUUGAUCAUAAUGUGUUUGCUUAUAAUGCAAUUAUAGCGGGGUUAAUUGCUAAUGAUUUGUCUAAUAGAGUUUCGGAGUUAUAUUUCCGAAUGAGGGAAGUUGGUGUUUUGCCUGAUAAGUUUACGUUCCCUUGUGUGCUUAAGGCUUGUAAGAAUGAAGUAGACGUGAAAAAGAUUCACGGGUUAGUUUUUAAACUUGGGUUAGAAGUUGAUUUGUUCAUUGGGAGCGCUUUGUUGCAUAGUUAUCUGAUGUAUAGGAAUGUGGAUUUUGCAUUAGACGUGUUUGAGGAUUUGCCGGAGAGGGAAGAUGUUGUGCUUUGGAAUGCUAUGAUUAAUGGCUAUGCUCAAACGGGUGAGUUUGGUAGUGCUUUGAUGGUUUUUAGGUGGAUGAUUGAGGAUGGGGUUAUUCCGAACAGGUUUAGUAUAACGGGUGUACUUUCAGCUCUGGCAAAUUACGGGGAAUUUUAUAAUGGAAAAGUGAUACAUGGGUUUGUGAUAAAAAUGGGAUUUGAUUCGGGGGUUGCCAUUUGUAAUGCAUUGAUAGACAUGUAUGGUAAAUGUAGCUGUGUUGCUGAUGCUUUCGAGGUUUUCGAGACAAUGGAUGAUAAGGAUAUAUUUUCUUGGAACUCAAUUAUUUGUGUGCACGAACAAUGUGGUAAUCACGAUGGUACUUUGGGGCAUUUCAAAAGGAUGUUGUCCGCUGGAGUUCGUCCUGAUUUGGUGACCGUCACCUCUACACUUCCUGCCUGUGCUCAUUUAGCAGCACUGAGGCAUGGUAGAGAGAUUCACGCACACAUGAUUGUUAAUGGUCUGAGGAAAGAUGCUGCUGACAAAGAAUAUGAUGAUACUUACAUUGACAAUGCAAUUUUGGACAUGUAUGCCAAAUGUGGAAGCAUGCGUGAAGCUCAGCUGAUCUUUGAUAUGAUGAAUUUCAAAGAUGUGGCGUCGUGGAACAUUAUGAUUAAGGGGUAUGGCAUGCACGGAUUUGGCAUCAAGGCAUUAGAAUUGUUUUCUGAUAUGUGUAAGGCGGAAUUGAGGCCUGACGAUGUCACAUUUGUUGGGGUUUUGUCAGCUUGCAGUCAUUCAGGCCUUGUAAAACAGGGGAGAGAAUUUCUUGCACAAAUGCAGCCCAAGUAUGGUGUUGUGCCUUCUAUUGAACAUUACACCUCUGUGAUUGAUAUGCUAGGUCGUGCUGGGAAGCUUGAAGCUGCUUAUGAGUUGUUAUUAACAAUGCCCAUUAAGGCCAAUUCUGUAGUAUGGAGAGCAUUCUUGGCUGCCUCCCGUCUCCACGGUAAUGCUGAUCUUGCUGAGGUUGCUGCCAAACAGGUACUUGAUUUUGAACCGGAUCAUUGUGGAAGUUAUGUCAUAUUAUCAAAUAUUUAUGGAGAGACUGGUCGCUAUGAAAAGGUAUUAGAGAUAAGAGAUGCAAUGAAGCUACAAAAUGUAAGGAAGACACCUGGUUGCAGCUGGAUUGAACUUCAUAAUGGUGUACACGUCUUUAUUACUGCUGAUAAGUUACAUCCUGAAAUCAACCUUAUUUAUGCUGGAUUGAAUUCAUUGACUGCUCGAUUGCGUGAGCAUGGUUAUACACCAGAAUCUGAUGCCGUGGAAAGCAGUCCAUGAUACCCAGACUUAUUCUCUGUUACCUAUAUAAAGAUUUCUAAACAGGCAUAGAUCAUACAGAAGAUCAUGAAUACAUCUAAGUAUUUCACUGAAGCAGAAUAUGAACUGACUGACAUUUAUAACAUGAACCAGUUCCCAACCAGAUGUUCUCUCAGAAGAUUAGAGGGGAGUUUCCAAAGGUGGAAUGGAAGAAUGGCAUGCGAUAACCUUGGUCCUCCAAAAUGGAUCUUUGUUCUUAGAACUGCAGCAUACGGUAAGUUAUAUACAAGAGACGGACUGAGAAGCUGGGGAGUGACAGCAACACAAUGUGCCUUCUGUGUGAUCAGGAAGUUGAAAGCCGGUCACUUGUUCUUUCUUGUGAAGUAUCUGCUCAAGUGUGGCAGAAACUACUCAAGUGGCAAGGUGUAUUACCAGAAGACCAAGGAACUGGGGUACAGAAUUGGAAUAGUCAAUCAUAUAUUCUAAAGUGAGGAGUGCCACAGCUGAGUUCUACAGUAUUAUUUGCAGCUGCAGUCUACUCUAUAUGGAAGGAAAGAAAUAUGGGAGUGUUCUAAUGUAAGCAGCAACCAGUGGUAUUAUUCAAGAAGUCUGUUUUAGAGGAAAUAUGAGGUCCCAUGAAGCUAGAUGGUUAACAAUGUUCAAUUUCUAUCCGACUUAACGCAGUGUGAAACCAGAAGAUCGUGUCUACACAAUACAAACUGGACAUCUAACAAUCUUCAUAGCCGUAAACAAUAACGAGACAUACAGUGACUUGUAUGAUGCUCUCACAUCAACAUGGCUGUUAUUUUCUUCUAAACAACGUGGUUUUGGCUGACUAAUCUCAAAGAAAGAAAGUCCGCUUUCACCAAGUCACGGAGGAGCCUUCAGUCUGAUGCUCAUCGCAGUUUGUAGGAACACCAAGUGGUUUUCUUUUGGCAUGUUGUGUUUGAUAGCAACAUGUGGUUGUUUUGUUGUGUUUUUUCCAGAAACAAAAUUGGCAGAACAUUUACUGAUACAAUGGAUGAAGAGGAGGACAGGAACAAAACAGUUGUCCCACCAUCAUUGAAGAAGCAAUGUUUAUCCUCAAAAGAUACUUUGUAUCCUUUUUCUACCAACUGACAAAUACUCAACAAGUUUUGAUCAAUAUCAGGUACAUAAAGAAUAUCUGAAAUUAAUUUAUUACCUGAAAUUGUUUUGAUGACAACAGUUCAUUUUUCUUCAACAAGAAUCUGGUCACCAUUUUCGAUCCUAGCUUUGGAUAUUUCAGUAGGCUUUAAUUCUUUAAACAAACUCUUGUUAUAAGUCAUGUGGUUGGUGCAACCGCGAUCAAUCAUCCAAAAAUUUAUUGAAACAUUACUUGAUAUACAUGUUGCAACAAAAAGAUGGUUUUCUUCUUCUUCUUCAUUGAUCACAUGUGCAUUUGCUUCAUGGUUCUCAAAUUUGCUUUUGUAAAUAAAUGCUUCAUGGCCAAGUUGAUUGAACUUGUUGCACUUUGCGUCUGGCCUUUUCCAACAUCUGUAUGGUGGAUGAAUCAUUUUUCCAUAGUGCUCAAAAGGUGGGUAAUUUUUUAUAUUUUUACCCCUUCUUUGAGUUUUGUGGUUGGCUAUUAAGGCUCCUUCAACCAUACCAUCUUAUCUCAUAAGUUUCCUUUGUUCAAGUGUCUAAAAAGAAUUUAACAACUCUGCCAAGGUAAUCUUGAACAGAUCUUGUAUAUUUUCCAAGGUAGUUAUACAUAUCUUUAGAGCACUGUAACAAUAAUUUUUUCAACAAUUCUUUAAUCUUUAAAUUCAGUGCCUAGUAAUCUUACCUUGGUAAUAAUAUCAAGUAAUCUGUUUGAGUACUCUUUGACUAUUUCGGAGUCUUUCAUUCUCUUCAACUCGAACUCUCUUAUUAAAUUCAGUACUUGCAUUCCUCGAAUUCUUUCAUCUCCAGUAUAUUCUUUCUUCAGAUAAUCCCAAAUUUCUUUUGGUGAUGUGAGAGACAUAAUUCUUGUAAAAAUAGUUGUUGAAACAGAAGCAAACAGAGUUACCUUCGCCUUGGACUUCGUGGUUUUCUUUUCCUUAUGACUCUUGAUUUGGCUAUGGUGAGAUUAUUUGGUUGCAGAUUAAUUUCAUAAUCCUCUUCCACAACUUCCCAUAGAUCAAGAGCCUCCAAGUAAGUUUUCAUUCUCACAACUCAUAAUUGAUAAAUUUCACCAUUAAAAACAGAUGGAGCCAUUCGUGAAAAACUAUUUUCAGAAUUCAUCUCUUCACUCACAGGUCUCUCAAGAAAAAUAGCUCUAGAUACCAAUUGUUGGUUUUAAUAGAGAUAAGUUAGAAAAGAGCGCAGAGAGUUUUUUUUGUAAAGCUGUAUAUUUUAUUGAUCAUCAACUCCUACUUAAAUAGUGCUAUUACAAACUAAAAAUAGAUUAAACUUACCAUAAAAGAAAAUCUAUUUGCUACAAAAAAUAAUAACUAAUUAGUCUCCUACAACAAAUAGGAAUCUGUUAUAAAUAUAUUACCAUAUAUGGUGAAUGUUUACUUUACCAUAUAUAGUGAACGUCUACUUUACCAUUUAUAGUGAAUGUCUAUUUAUAGAGAAGUUAGAAACCCCAACGUUAGUUUUCCCCUAUAAAUAAAGGGGUUUUCCUUAAUUGUAAUUAACACCAUCAAAAAAUCCCUCAGGAGAAUAAAUAAUCACUCUCUCUUUUCUCUCCAUUCUUCUUCUUCGUUGCUUUAUAUUUUAUAACACAUUAUCAACAUGAUUUUGCAAUACAAGAUAAGUACAAGAUAAAUAUUUUACUUGAAAACUUUUCAUUGUAUCAAAAUUUAAUUUUGUAGUAUUAUUUAAUUAUUGUCUUUUUCAUUAUGAAGAGAUCUUGUCGAAAAGACUCAGAUCUUAUUAUUUCUAUAAAGGAAGUCAGAGCUUGCAUGAAACUAUUUGCUACUAAAAUUGAUCAACUUGAUUAUUGAAGUAGUAAAGGAGAGAAUUGAUUGAAAUCUAUCAAUGAAGAGGUAUGCAUAAAUUAUGGUGCAAUGCCUUAUUAAAGGUUAGCAAUAUAACAUAUUUUAUUACUUUUUGGAUCCUUGUGCAAGCAGCACACGACGUACGUAGCACUAUUUAUAUAUCCUAUCAUUUGAGUAUUGAAAAAGAGAAAUUAAAAGUCCUCCUUAUUGCUAAUGAUAUGGAUUAAUGUUUGUAUAUUAUAAUAUUUAUUGAAUUUAUUCUAAAUAAUUUGAUAAAUAAAAUAUCUCACGGAGCAUAUGAUAGAUAUAUUUGAACUCCUGAAAAGUUAGCAAACAAUGCAUGGCCAUUCAGUGAUGGAAAUUUUCAUAGUUCAAGUUCCAUUGCACAAUAUCAGAUCAUAGUCCUGAUGCACCAUGAUGAUAAUAUAUUAGGUUUAAGUCCUACCGAUUUAUACCUCAGACGCCUUUAUAUGGAUAAGACGUUGAGUUUGAAUCUCAAUGCUCCAUAUUGAUGAUAUAAUGAUGGCUAAGGCAAAAUAGUUUUCGAUGAAAAGUCAUGAAACAUGUCACAUUGAAUAU